UUCGAGACGUGUUCAACAAUACACAAGCACAGAAGCGCCCGCAAGGACCAGCCCCCUAUUUCUACAAGAUAACUGCGUCACUUCUCAAGAUCGCGUGCCGAUUGUUCCUGCGUCCCCAGAAUAUGUUGGUGCCUGGACUUCUCUUACGACUCCACAGCCGUGAGGCGCCCACCUUGGCAGCGGUAGUCGGCAUCCCUAGCGCUCAUGUUUUGCCUGCAUUGCGUUAACAGGACCAGGAUGUGCACGGGAAAACGCCAUGCUUUGUGAAUCGCGAUAAAAGUUAAACAAGGUCACGGCAUUUCAUCAUGGACUCUUUCUCCUUUCGCAAGUCGCUCUUUUGCUUCUGUUGUAUCUCUUUCUAACGAGUUGGGUUUCCAGAAGUUCUUGUAAUUUGAGGUACUUUCGGUCCUCCUACUUUCUUUCACCAUCUUCCUGUACAGUCGUUGUCUGAAGAGAUGCUGAACCUCGCGUUAUCUUCUAUGGCCUUGUUCGGUGCGGUAGCUUUCGCUCAAGAACGCUGCGAUGCACCAUACCCGAACGUCUACUGUAACACGACCGAGAUUCUAGCCUACCAAUCCGACGACUGCAAGCCAUACCACGUUUUCAUUGCUCGAGGCUCAGAUGAACCAUACCCCGGACGUCUUGGAAACAUCACUAGCGAGAUUUGCAAACAAAUCGGGGACAAUGACUGCAGCUUUGAGAACAUCGAAUACCCUGCGAAGAGUACGGCGUGGGGGAAGGACGAGUGGUGCAAAUCGGCAGGAAAGGGUGCCGCGAAUGGGCAGGCCCAACUCAAGGCGUACGCGGAGAAGUGCUCGGAAAGCAAGUUGAUCCUUCUGGGUUUCUCACAAGGUGCUGCUGUUACGCAAGACAUCAUGGGUGGAGGUGGAGGUCAAGUGUUCGAGUGCACUCAGGACACCAACCCGGCUUUGGACUGGUCCACCUCGCCUGGCUCUCGGGUUAUCGCCGCAGUGACUUUCGGUGCCGUCGUCCGCAGCAAAGACCAAAACUUCACCGUCGGCGAAGGUGUAAAAUACGACGGCCAGCGCGCCCGCACACCCGAGCAACUCGAAGCGCUCCAAAAAUACUCUUCCGUCUUGCUCGACUACUGCCACUACGGCGAUCCCAUGUGCGCCGUCGGCAGCGAGCCCGCAGACGUCUACGCCCAUCUGGACUACUUCCUCGAACACAACCAAGACGUCUCCAAGUGGAUUGCCGGCAAAGCCAAGGGCAAAGCGGUGAGUGUAUCCAACCAAGGCCAGUCAGCUUCAGCUUCGACGAGUGUCAGCCCAGCAAAGGCUACGACGGGAGUGGUGACACCGACAAGUGUUGGCAGUGCGGCUGCGACGGGAUCGGCGGCUGAAGCAUCGCAGACUAGCAGUUCCAGCAACAGCGGUAGCACUGGUGCGGGGAGUGCGCUCUCUGCGGGCAACUAUUUUGCGUCUAUCGUGAUGGUUCUGGGCACGACUCUGUUCCCUGUUGCACUCUUAUACAGAAAAGAUUGAAGUCCUUGUUUACCGCCAUACUAUCACCACUCCUCACAGUGAUCACCACGUUCAGGAACGUGCAACUGCUCUCGCUUUCUGACUGUUUAAACACAAGAUCGAGUACUUGGGUGCAUGUCCCUCCAGAUCUCAUCAGACCACCUAGAAGACUCGAGGUCUGAUCUUGUUCAAAGAAGCAAUACAACAAGGAAUCGUUUUCGAAACGAGUUCAGGGUCACAAUGUGCAAGGCAGGACCAAUAGCGAGAAGCGUUAGGACAGGCGCCAUAGGAGUAAGGACAAUACACAG